AUGGAUGCUAUGCAUAACAACAAGAUCACAUCAAAACAACUUGUCGAAUUGUAUUUACAACGUAUUGAUCAAGUAAAUUUGAAAGGACCUUCUCUUCAUGCCUUGAUCGAAACGAAUCCAGAUGCUUUGACUAUCGCUGAUAGACUUGAUCAUGAAUGUAAUCGAAGAGGAAAAUUACAUGGUAUUCCAAUCAUUGUCAAAGAUAAUAUGGCUACUUAUGAUAAACUAAAUACUACUGCCGGAUCUUACGCAUUGCUCGGUUCUAAAGUAUCACGUGACGCAUUUGUUGUACAACAAUUAAGAAAAGCUGGUGCAAUCAUUUUGGGUAAAGCAAGUUUGUCGGAAUGGUCUAAUUUUCGUAGUUUAGUUGUCCCGAGAAACGGUGUCUCGGGACGUGGUGGCGUUUCAAAAUCGGCCUAUGUAACUGAUGGUGAUCCGUCUGGUUCGAGUUCAGGUUCGGCAAUAGCUGUUUCCAUUGGUCUCUGUACUGUAGCGUUGGGUACAGAAACAGAUGGAAGUGUAGUUGCACCAGCUAGUCGAAAUGGUAUUGUAGGACUGAAACCAACAGUAGGGUUGACAUCGCGCUCGAAUGUGAUACCGAUUUCAUUUAGACAGGAUACUGUAGGGCCGAUGGGUAAAACAGUGACGGAUGUAGCAUUGCUACUAGAAGUUAUUCAAGGUGUAGAUCCAAGAGACAAUGCUACGUUGAAAAGUCGACCAGAAAAGACUUAUACCCAAUUUUUACGUGGAACAAAGGGAUUUAAAAAUGUUCGUUUGGGCGUAAUUCCACCAUUUAACUUUACAAACAAGACUGCACCAUACAUUGUAUCUACAUUCAAUAAGGCAAUUGAGCUAAUGUGUUCCUAUGGCGCUAUUGUGCAGAAUCCCGUUAAUUUUACUAACAUGGAUCAACUUUUAAACCAAACAACUGAACUCGACGUUCUUAUUGCCGAAUUCAGACAGAAUAUUAAUAAUUAUCUCAGUACGUUAACCAAUACUAACAUGCAUACUUUACAAGAUCUUAUUAAUUUUAAUAAUGCACACAAAGACUUGGAAUUUUCUCCUUAUCUUCCCGAUCAACAAUUAUUUAUAUUGGCACAAGAAGCACCACCUCUCUCAAUUGAACAAGAAGCUGAAUACAUCCGUCUAUCUAAAAGCCUUAAUCAAACAAUUGACAUAUAUAAUUUAGAUGCACUGGUCGCUAUGUCAGAAGAUUACGCUCCUCUAGCGGCUGUUGGUGGUUAUCCCAUCAUUAGUGUACCUUUAGGUUAUUUGCAAACGGCAGGAGGUCCACAACCGUUCGGUAUACAAUUUAUGGGUCGUGCAUGGAGCGAAGGAAUUCUAUUGCAACUAGCUCAUGCAUUCGAGCAAGCGACACAUGUAAGAGAUAAAGUACGACCAAUAUAUGCUCCUUCAUAA